CCCCAGCGAUUUGUUUACUUUUGGGAAAGCCGCGCCGAGUUUUUCACGCGAGUUUUCACGAGAUGGGAACGGACGACCAGACAAAAGCGGAGAAAAUUCUCAACGGCUUCCAGAUCAACUGGAUGAUCUUGAGGGAUGCGGAUACGGGCAAAAUCAUCUGGCAGGAGAACAAGGACUUCUCCUGCCCGGAGGUGGAACACGAAGCCAAGGUGCCCGUAAAGAUACUCAGCCUGCGUGCAGUUUCUCGUGAAAUCAACUUCAGCACCGUGGAGGCGAUGGAAAAUUUUCGUCUGGAUCAGAAGGUGCUGUUCAAAGGACGAAUCAUGGAGGAGUGGUUUUUCGAGAUGGGAUGGGUUAGCCCCAACACCACCAACACCUGGCAGUCGACGAUCGAAGCAGCGCCGGAAUCACAAAUGAUGCCCGCUAAGGUACUGAACGGCAACGUUACUAUCGAAACGAGCUUCUAUGAUGGCGAAACGCUCAUCAGCAAAUCGGUUGUGCGGUUAUACUACAUCUAAUGUUCGCCUUCUUUCAUCAAUCUGCGAACACACUCUUUUCGUAAAACUCUAGUUCAAAGAUAAUUCAACGAAACUAUCUCUCACUGUCUUAUGCGAUGCGCCACAUGCGCCUGAUAGGUUCAGCGGUUGCGCUCGGCCUAGCAAACCUAGAACCGAGCGGCUUAGGGACCACCUCAUCUUGUUAAUCGCCUCUCUGUCUCAGUUGCUGGAAGGUACCGGAUUACCGGAUCGCAAUCAUAGUCCCGUGCAGGUGGAGCAUUUCGUUUAGUCUGUGCGCACCGUCGAAACACCAAACUUGCCGACGAAGGUCGUACCGCAUUGUGCUUAGCUUUAGCGAUGCAAAUCAUCAGAGGCAUUCUAACGUAAUAAGUAAUUGUAGCACUUGAGCACCGUCAAUGGAUAAGUAAGAUUUUUUAUACUAAUUAUAAAAAUUUAUUGUAAGACACGCUGGUGAGCUUGUACGAGUUCAGUUCGAAUGAAACUGAGUUAUUCGUUUUAAAUAUAUAUUUGUCAGCAAUUAA